ACUCCUAGAUGUCGCCAUCCGGAGGAGUAAGAGCGAUGCCGUGCGCCGCGGAGUUGCGUGCGAGAGGCGCUCAGAGAGAUUCACAACAGUGAGGCGGAGCUGGGAAUGGAUCAGCUCCUGAAGAAGCCUUACUUAACUCAGUACCUCCGCACACUCGCCUACAAGAGCAGGAAAUCCCGCGGCAGAUAAAGCCCAGGCAGAGCGUCGCGGGCGUCCUGAGGACAACCACCUAUAUGAGGAGGACAGAGAGGUUUGUGACGGAUCAGUCCGGACUCGAUAUCAGGACGGGCAGCAGAGGAGCACAAAGCCGGUGGAGUGUCUCUGGAGCGGCUGAGAUCAGCCCAGCCCCCACAUACAUACAUAUACACACACACACAGAACCGGCCUGCUGCUCCUAGCCUGUUGCUGCUGUGUGUGGGAUAUUGCAUAUCUCGCGUAUCUCAGCGACACACACAUCUGUAAGUAGUUCCGAGUUGUUUUGUCUUUGUUUAGAAGCUGGCUGGUGUGUUUUGUAGCGUUUGGCGGACUAUAGCGCUCUGCAGCUGGCUAAUCAGUUAGCUGUAGCAUAGCGUCGUGUGUAACGUUACAGCAGCCUCACGAGCGCGAUGUAGUUUGAUUAUUAGACCUCAUUUUAUUAUUACAAGACAAAACAUGUUUGAUAAAAGGGCACGUGACAUGAACCAACGAGUUUGGCGUAAUUGAACUCCGCUUUUGCUGUAUGUUAACGCGGAGUCACUUACUCCGUGCGACAUAAUCUCGUUUAAUUCAACGAGGAUCUGUUUAUGGUGCAAAACUGCGUGCAGCACAUAAGAUGUGUGUUUUGUUGACUUCAUUCGGCUCAUGUUGAACCAAACUGUGAUUGUGCUGAAUAACUCGGCUUGUUUAUGAUCCUCUGGAUGUCCCCUGCCCUCACUGGAGUUAGUGGACAUUUGCAGGAGAACCGUUCGCACAGGGGCUUUUAUUUGACUGUUUUCGGUGGAUAAAGUCCAGGGAGUUACGAGGCGGCAGUACCAGCCUGUAUCCCAUCGUUUGGCUGCUUGAGUGAGUCCCCGAUGCGGAGGGGCUGAGUGCUCCGGGACAUGCUGAAGUGUAUCCCGCUGUGGCGGUGUAACCGUCACGUUGAGUCCGUGGAUAAGCGGCACUGCUCGCUCACUGCGGUGCCCGAUGAGAUCUACCGCUACAACCGCAGUCUGGAGGAGCUGCUCCUGGACGCCAACCAGCUGAGAGAGCUGCCUAAGCCUUUCUUCAAAUUGCACAAUCUGCGAAAGCUGGGCCUCAGCGACAAUGAGAUUCAAAAAUUGCCGCCCGACGUUGCCAACUUCACGCAGCUGGUGGAGCUAGACAUCUCUAGAAAUGAUAUUUCUGAGAUUCCCGAAAACAUUAAAUUCUGUCAGGCCUUGGAGAUUGCAGACUUCAGCGGAAACCCCUUGUCCAGGUUGCCUGAUGGCUUCACACAGCUCAGAGGACUGGCUCACUUAUCACUCAAUGACGUGUCGCUGCAGUCUUUACCCAAUGACAUUGGAAACUUGUCAAACCUGGUAACUCUAGAGCUGAGGGAGAAUCUACUGAAAUCUUUACCCUCCUCUCUUUCCUUCCUGGUUAAACUGGAACAGCUGGAUCUGGGCUGCAAUGUACUGGAAGUUUUGCCUGACACACUUGGGGCACUGCCCAAUCUUCGUGAGCUUUGGUUGGACAGAAACCAGCUCUCCUCACUACCUCCUGAGCUGGGGAACCUGCGGCAGCUGGUUUGCUUGGACGUGUCAGAGAACCGUCUAUCAGAGCUUCCCACAGAGAUCAGUGGCCUUAUUGCCCUCACGGACCUGCUGCUCUCUGAGAACCUCCUGGAAGUCUUGCCAGACAGCAUUGGCUCACUUAAGAAGUUGUCCAUUCUGAAAGUGAACCAGAACCGCUUGGUGCAUCUCACAGACUCUAUUGGCGAGUGUGAGAACCUGACAGAGCUUAUGUUGACUGAGAAUCUUCUCCAGUCCCUCCCUCGCUCACUUGGGAAGUUGAAGAAGUUGACCAACUUGAAUGUGGACCGAAACCGCUUGAGCAGCGUGCCAACAGAACUGGGAGGUUGUGUCAGCCUGAACGUGCUCUCCCUCAGAGAUAACCGUUUGGGAAAACUACCCGCUGAGCUGGCCAAUGCAACAGAAUUACACGUGCUGGACGUAGCAGGCAACAGAUUGCAGAAUUUACCGUUCGCAUUGGCCAAUCUGAACCUGAAGGCCAUGUGGCUGGCAGAGAACCAGUCUCAGCCCAUGCUGAAGUUCCAGACAGAGGACGAUGAGCGGACUGGGGAAAAAGUUCUCACCUGCUACCUGCUGCCUCAGCAACCCUCAUCGAGCCUUGAGAAUCUACUGGACAGGAGCGCCGAUGAAACCUGGCCCACAGACACUAAUUUAAACAGGGUAUCGGUCAUUCAGUUCCAGGAUGACUCCAAACAUGAAGAGGAAGAUGAGGAGACUGCGGCAGAUAAGAGGCAGGGUCUUCAGAGGAGAGCCACACCACAUCCCAGUGAGUUGAAGGUAAUGAAGAAUGUCAUUGAAGCCAGAAGAAAUGAGGCUUAUACAGCCAAGCCAGAUGAGGAUCUGGAGUCCCCAGACUCUGAGGAGAAACGGUUGAGUGGGCUGUCUAAUCAAAGUCAUGAUUCUCAGGCGUCCAGUAGCACCGCCUCUGCCACUUCUCAGGAUGAGAAGCGGGGUGUAAACAGUACAGGGGUGGAGAUUAAUGAUGGUCAGGGUCAAGAGGAGGAGGAGCUGGAUGAGAUGGAGGUGGAGUAUACUGAGCCUACUGUGCACUUUGCUGAAGAGCCCAUCAUCCGUGGCGGUGAUGAGGAGGAAGAUGAUGAAAAUGAAGAUGAUGAUGAAGACGCUGAAAGGAGCGAUGAGGACACUCGAACUCCGCCUUUUCCUGCGGAGAAACAGCGGCUCAUACGUAAAGAUACACCACACUACAAAAAGCACUUCAAGAUCACCAAGCUGCCCAAACCAGAGACUGUCGCCGCCCUGCUGCAAGGCUACAGUCAUGACGGCCUCUCACCUACUGCUCACACCCCUGAGGACGAGAGGGAUGGUGAGGAGGAGGAGGAGGAGGAGGAAGACGAGGAGGACGAGGGAGGAGUAACAGUCAAUACCCCUUUUCAGCAAAGACUAGAAGCAGCUGAGCUAGAAGACAGCAGGCUGAGUCAGAUGAACUCAUCCCUGCAACCAGUGAAGGGGGUGUCAUUUGAUCAAGUCAAUAAUCUGCUGAUUGAGCCUGCUCGAAUUGAGGAGGAAGAGCUGACCCUGACUAUCCUGAGGCAGACCGGUGGGUUAGGCAUCAGCAUAGCAGGGGGGAAAGGAUCUACGCCCUAUAAGGGAGACGACGAGGGUAUUUUCAUCUCUAGAGUGUCAGAAGAGGGCCCUGCAGCUCGUGCUGGGGUCAAAGUGGGAGACAAGCUUCUUGAGGUGAACGGAGUAGACCUGCAUGGAGCAGAGCAUCACACAGCUGUUGAGGCCUUGCGCAACUCUGGGGCGGCCGUGGUUAUGUCCGUUCUGCGAGAACGCAUGGUUGAACCAGAGAACGCCAUCACCACCACGCCACUGAGACCAGAAGAUGAUUAUUUCCCCAGGGAGAGACGGUCCAGUGGGCUGCCUUUCCUCCUGGACCCUGCCUCACCUGCUGUCAGUGCUGGACCGACGCUGCAACUAGCCACUUGUCUGGUCCGCAACGAUAAAGGUUUAGGGUUCAGCAUUGCUGGAGGGAAAGGGUCAACCCCGUACCGAGUAGGAGACACGGGAAUCUUCAUCUCUCGUAUUGCUGAAGGAGGAGCUGCUCACAGAGACAAUAUCCUGCACGUGGGAGACAGGGUCAUAUCAAUCAAUGGUGUAGACAUGACAGAGGCCAGACAUGACCAGGCAGUAGCGCUGCUUACUGGCACCUCCCCCACCAUCACCCUCCUGGUCGAACGGGACCAGACCAGUGCGGGGGGCGCCUCCCCUCGAACUCGACCUCAUUCGCCCCCUCCUCCAGAGCCAUCUGACUCACCUGAGCAAGAGGAAGGAGAUGAGCAACUUGGAAACCAUCUCAACUGCCCCAUGGAGGAUGAAUACCCCAUUGAGGAAGUGACGCUGAUCAAAGCAGGUGGUCCCCUGGGUCUGAGCAUUGUAGGGGGCAGCGACCAUGCCAGCCACCCGUUUGGAAUUAAUGAGCCAGGCGUGUUCAUCUCAAAGGUCAUCCCCAAUGGCUUGGCCUCUCAGAGUGGACUUCGUGUGGGAGAUCGUAUCUUGGAGGUGAACACCAUCGACCUACGACACGCCACACAUCAGGAAGCUGUAAGAGCCCUGCUCUCCAACAAGCAGGAGAUCCGCAUGCUUGUGCGCAGAGAUCCCUCGCCCCCUGGCAUGCAGGAGAUUGUCAUUCACAAGCAGCCUGGAGAGAAGCUGGGCAUCAGCAUCAGGGGCGGAGCUAAAGGACAUGCAGGCAACCCUUUUGACCCCACAGAUGAGGGCAUCUUCAUUUCCAAGGUGAGCUCCAGCGGAGCUGCUGCACGAGAUGGCCGCCUGCGGGUAGGCAUGCGUAUUCUUGAGGUGGGCAACAACAGUCUGCUGGGUAUGACACACACGGAAGCAGUGAGGGUCUUGCGUGCUGCCGGUGACUCCCUGGUCAUGCUUGUGUGUGAUGGCUUUGACCCAAGAAACGCCACAGGCAUCGAGGCAUCCCCUGGUGUUAUUGCGAACCCGUUUGCAGCAGGUAUUGUUCGUAAGAACAGUAUGGAGAGCAUCUCAUCAGUAGACAGAGACCUGAGUCCAGAAGAGAUUGACAUCAUGCAGAAGGAGGUGGAGAUGGUGAGAGAGACGUCCCAGUGGGAACGGGAGGAAAUGGAAAAAGUGGAGCGUAUGCGCUUGGAGCGCGAGGAGGCAACUCGUUUGCUGGAGGAGGAAACUGAGAAUUUGAGCACUGGACCACUGAAACUGGACUACAAGACACUGGCGGCUCUACCUACCACUAGCCUACAGAAAGUUAAUAGAUCUUCACCAUCUGAGCCUCAUAGGAUUGACAGUCCUGUCCGAGAUGCUGCACACUCUCCACACAACUCACAGCAGUCCCACAAAUCUUCCUCUGUGAUGCUUGGAAGGGAGGUUCGAUAUUCAAACAUUCAUUUCCCUUCAAAUGCAAACACCAAGGAUAAUUCAUCAACUAAACCUGGUGCCAUCCAGCCUCUCUCUCGGGUGCGACCCCCUGUGUCUCCAGCCAGUCAGGAUGGUCACAGCAGUCCCAACCCUUUCCAGCAUGGCCUCUCUCCCAUCAACUCUCAGACCACUCCUCGUGCCCCAUCCCCUGACACACAUGAGGAAUACCCCAUCAAUAUCAAGCAGGUAUAUAAGGCCUUCGCAGCUGUGCCACACUCCCUGGCCGUACUGGAACCCCCACAGGAUCUUUACUCUCCGUGGAACAAUGUCAGUGCAAAGCAACCGUCACCAGAGCCUGAGCUGAGUAAUGAGGUGUUUAUGGAUGAGGCUGACGGUGAGGGCAGUGGUCCUCUCAGGCCUCGUCCCUCCCUCUCAUCUGACCGCUGCGAGUACAGGAGCCUGGCAGCCGUGCCACACCUGUCUCGCCCCUCAGUGGAGUUGAAGACCCCCUCCUCUGUUGGCAGAGACAGCCCAGAGCAGCGCUCCUUCAGAGACAGGCAGAAAUAUUUUGAGAUUGAUGUGAAACAGCAGACACCAGACAAACCCAAACCUCGCAUCUCACUUGUGGGAGAAGAUGACUUGAAGAAAAUGAAAGAAGAAGAAGCAAAGCGAAUUGAACAGAGGGCACGAGAGUAUAUGCUGGAUGAUGAUGAGGAGGAUGAGGAGGAAGACCUGGCGAAGCAGGUGGCAGAUAUGAAGGCUCACGGAAAGGUUAUCCUUGAUGGUGUGGAGUACAAGGUGGAGAGCUUGGGAGGCCACAGUUCCCCAUCUCUGAGGCAGUGUGCCACACCACCCAGCCACUGUGGCAGCUCAGGUCCUUCCUCCGUGGACGGUAAAGGAGACUCUCAGCGGAAUUCAAUGGAAGACAGCUUCAGACUGGAGCAGAGACCCAACUCCAUGACAGGUUUGAUCCCAGUUUAUCCCGGUGAAUCUGUGGCUCCCAUUCGGACGGCCAAAGCAGAGCGCAGGCAUCAAGACCGAUUACGCAUGCAGAGCCCAGAGCUUGCUGUUGCCAUGGACAAGGAGCUAUCCCCUGCUGAAAAACGAGCCCUGGAAGCAGAGAAGAGGGCCAUGUGGAGAGCAGCCAGGCCUUAUGGUCUAGAGGAGGACGUAAGGCAGUAUGAGCAAGACCUGGCUAAGCGGCUCUACCAGUCCCGUGUGAGGGCCUCUCUAGGCAGCGCUGCAGCCCCUCCCACUUCCUGCUCCUCCUCUUCCUGUCAGCCCAGGAUGAAGUCUCUAGAGCAGGAUGCUUUGAAGGCUCAGAUGGUCAUUGCCAAGUCUAAAGAGGGGAAGAAGCGUGGAACGUUGGAUCAGCUGUCGGAGUCUCCGUCCCCUGCACCCACACCCUCUCCAACACCAAUGGAAGAUAUCAGUCCACGGGCAGUGACUUCACCAGGCAGACUGUCCCUGUCAGAAAAGAAGUUUGACUACCGACAAUUUGCUGCCAUUCCUUCUUCCAAACCCGUUUACGACAUUCAGUCUCCUGGUGCAGGUGAUGACGUGCGCUUCAUGGACGAUGCCUCCAGUAACCCAGUGUCUGUUGUAGAUCCAGAAGUUCCUGUGGCCACCACAUCUGCUCUAGAGGAGAUGGCUCUCUACAGUAACAAGCGCAAACUACGUCAGGGUCGCCGCAGCCUGGAGGCUCCUGUGCCCACAUAACCGUACACUCACACACUAAUGCAUCUGAACUGUGAAGAUAAAACACACAUAGUGAUCAUCUAAUGCUAAGAGAUGCCACACAUGGCAUAGAAUGCUCUGAAAUACACAUUGUACACAGAUAUUAAACCACUCUUAUUUCAGUGCCGACAACACAGGUUGGGAGGUGAGUCUCCCAAACGCUAGUCUUGCCUUUUCAGUUGAAAAGGAUUGCUCAGAUUUUACUAUGAGAAGUCCAGAUGAUGGCUGAUUGAUUGACCCAUUUUACCCAGUUUUCUGUCUGUCAGAAGAGUUAUUUUAAGAGAUGCUGUGGGUUUCUUUCUUAACACUUUGGAAACCUCCUCUAGAAAUGGAAAUGUGGAAAGGCAGAAAAGGAGCUAUUUAAAUGUAACCAUGUUCUUGUUUUGGGAGAUUCAGUUUGCAGACAACAUACUGCUACCUUCACUGCCCCAUGUAAGCCAGACUUUCACUUUUGUUGCUUUUAAUUCACAAUCAGAAAAAAGUUUUUAUUCCUUUUAAAUGUAAUUUAUUAAUGUAAUAUACUGUUUUUAAUCUAUGGGAUUCCAGUACAAUAGAGGAACAAAUUGAAGCUUUUUGACAUAUGUAUAAGCUGAUUACUUGUGAUUUUGUGACUAUUUUUGGUUUUGGGAUAAAUUUUCUUGCACGCAACAUUUUAAAAUUGAAAAUGAGGCCUUGGCGUAAAGCUUUAUUUCCAUGUUAUAUCAUAUCAGUUUUAAAACAGAAUCUCUUUUUCUAAGGUGAUGCAAAUGAAUGUAAUAUUUUUGAAAGGUUGCAUUUGACCUUAUUUAAAGAUCUGUUAUAAACAUUUUGGUAAUAUGUAUUAGGGCUGCAACUAACGAUUAUUUUAAUAAUCGAUUAAUCUGUCGAUUAUUUUUUCGAUUAAUCGAUGAAUCGGAUUUAAAAAAAAAGAACAAAGAAAAGCAUUCAUUUCCAACCCUUUAUUCAAAAACAGAACUAAAAUCUUUAGAAAGUGCACCAUCAUGUUGCUCCUUGAACAUCCCUGAGCUGUUAUAAUAAUAAUAAAAUAAAAUAAAAAUGGACUAUAUAACUUUAGUAUAUAACUUCAGGUUAUAUAACUUUGAUUGUAGCUAUAUGGGCGCUUAGUUUUUUCUUGUUGUUUAAUACACUUGGCCAAAAUCUCAAAUUAAGCGCUUAUGCACAUAAUGCACAGGAUAUUUAAAACGUAUAUAGACAGCAAAUAACUAAUUCUUCUCCACUCUUCAAACACACAAAAACAUUAUCCUUUACUGACAUAGUGUUUGAGUAAAGAAAACGCUGUACUAUUCAAACACCAAUUAUUUAUUCACCCUUGCAUUGCGAAAAAGCAGAGAUCUCAUCUUCUCCAGGCUG